AUGGCAUUAUAUAAUGUUAAAGCAGUAUCAAGAUAUGAAGAUUUAGAGAAUGUAAAUUCAAAAUUUAAGAAAAAGAAAAAGAAAAAGAAAAAGAAAAAGAAAAAGAAAAGAAGAAGUGAAAAACUUGAAAAAACUUAUUAUAGAAAGAGUACAGCAACUCAUAUAUAG